AUGCGCACCCCGACGAAAGCUCCUGCCACCGGAGCAGCGGCGGCGGACAGGCCAGAGCCGUCGUGGCCGCGCGAUCCCUUUCCGCUGGCACCCGUGCCGGCGUCCAUCCUCGCCGAACGAGAAGCAGAGCGCAGGAACCACGCCCGCCGGCGGGGAUAUUUCAAGACGGCGUGUCCCGAAAUAGACGACCACGUCCUCCUCGGUGGUCUGGAGACGGGGCACGUCGUGGGCCUGAGCGCGGAAGAGGAGUCCUUUGGAGUCGCUCUCGGCCUACAGGUCCUCUCCAGGGCGCUGCUGGAGCACCCGCGAUCCAGGGCGUUGGUCAUCACGCCCAAGCCCGCCGGCGUCAUUCUGCGGUCGCUGAGGGACGCCGUCGGCGCCGAGCUGGCCCACGAGGGCGUCGCCCCGGCCGACAUGGACCUGCGCCUGAGGACGGCCCUGGACAGCGUCAUGCUGUCGUGUGUGUUUGACAUGGAUGGCCUGUGGGAGGUCCUGGCCGACCUGGAACGGGAAGGGGACAGCCGCCCGCGUCCUCGCCCGUCGUCGCGGCCUGCCUCCCAGGAGGAGGAGGAGGAUGCGGCGUCCGAGAUUCAAGACAGCGAGGACGAGGGGCUCUGGUCGCCUCCGCCGUCACCGCCGCCGCCGCCGCCGUGUUUCAUUCUCCUCACGCACUUCUCGAGUCUCCUCACGUCGCUCUUCACCCAGCGCGCCAGGCCGGCCGCCCACGCCGACUUGUCCCUCCUCUCGUCGCGCCUGCGCCACCUCUCGCGCAGCCUGCCCUCGAGGCCGCUCGUCCUCAUCCUUAACUCGACCACUUCGUCGACCGACUCCAACGCGCCGGAGCCGGCCAGGCGUCCGCGCCCUUCCGCGCCUGCCGGCGGAAGACCCCUCGACCCUUCCCUCCGGUCGAUAUUCAAUCCCCCGCCGCUGCACAUCCCCGGCUACGUGUCCGCCUCGUCGAGGCGCAACAAGCCCUCGUUUGGGCUGGUCUUUACGCAGUUGCUCGACCUGCACCUGCUGGCCUCUCGGAUCCCCAGGACGAGGGGGGACGCAGAGGACGCGCUGGGGGGCGCAGCUCCCGAGGCGACGUUUGUCACCGUGGUGGAAGUGCUGUUGGACGGCAUGGGCUUGUGGACCGGGAGCCUGGGCAAGAGGCAGAGCCGGGAGCAGAGAUGGGCUGCCGUGCACGUCGACGCCGGGAGGGUCGUCGACGCCUUUGGGAGGCCAGAAGCCUGA